AUGUGGAUUCACUCUCGUGUCGGCAUACUCUCCAGCCAAUCGCCCGACGACUUGCGGCUUCUAAUGGCGGAUCCGGUGUCCGCUGCUGUCGCUGUAGGAUGGGCCAUGAAAGCCGCUGGGUGGGUGGCCUCGCCCAUCAUCUCCGAGCUCUACAAGAAAGCCUCCUCCCUCCUCAACUUUGAUGCGUCGCAGAAGCUCAAGGAACUGGAGCCAAAGAUUUUGCUUCUGCAGCGCGUGAUGGAAAUAGUCGAGGAGAGCCCUUACAGGCAUCGUCUGCAGCAGCUGUUCAACGAUCUUAAGUCUGCUUUCUACGAAGCAGAGGACAUCUUGGAUGAUGUUGAGUAUUACCUCCUAGAGAAACAGAUACAGGAUGACUAUCUCAAGUUAGAGGUGGCCGGGCCUCGACGCAACAAGAGUCAUGUGAAGAAGCUCUUGACGUCUGCCAUGAAAAAGUGCAACUUCCUGAAAGAUCAGGACUGUGGCAUGUCAAAAAUCGAGUUGAAGCAGAGCCUAGAAAAAAUAGAAAAGGUCAUAAAUGAUGCAUGUGGAUUUUUUGAACAGAUGAACUUGCCAAACAAAAGCAAUGUUAAUUUGAGCAAACCUGCCAACUCACGAGGUGCGGUCACUACGGCGAGGCCUCCACCUCUGGUAAUCGGAAGAGAUAAAGAUUGUGAUAACAUAGUUGCAAUGCUUCAUGAUAAGGAAGAAGAUGCUCAACCAGACACCAAUAGGGCUCAAUGUUAUUCCGUAAUCGGCAUUCAUGGCAUCAGUGGUUCUGGAAAAUCAACCCUUUCACAACUUGUUUGUGCUCGUGAGCAAAAGGAUGGUCAUUUCAACCUUGUUAUGUGGGUUCACGUUUCUCAGGAUUUUAGUGUGGAUGCCAUUUUCAGGCAGAUGUCUGAGGCCGCUAGCAGGACCCCGUGCCCUCAGUUCAAUAAUCUUGACACCUUACAGACUAAUUUGGAGAAGAAACUGCAUGGAAAACGGUUCCUCUUGGUACUAGAUGAUGUUUGGUACAAUAAUAGAGAUGUGAGGCAGUAUGAGAAGCUGCAACAGAUACUUUCACCGCUGAAUGCUGGAGAGGCAGGAAGCAAGAUCCUGGUGACUAGUCGAACUAAAGACGCAUUGAUAGCUCUGGGUGCUGUAGAGCAGAGAUGUAUUCCCAUGUCAGUCCUAGAUAAAGAUGUCUUCCUGAAAUUAUUCAAGCACUAUGCAUUUCAGAACGUGUGCGUUGCUGCUGAUGACCGAAUAAGACUCGAAGACAUUGUGACUCACAUUGCAAAAAAGCUGAAGGGAUCACCUCUGGCGGCCAAAAUUGUUGGAGGACAGCUACGUAUGAGGCCAAACAUUGAUUACUGGAGAAGUUCCCGAGAUGGGAACCACUUGGAUGACACCAUGGGAGCUCUGUGGUGGAGCUACCAACAUCUUGAUGAACAGGUCAGACGAUGCUUUGCUUACUGCAGUAUUUUUCCUCGAAGACGUUACUUGGAACGACAUGAGUUAGUUAAGCUUUGGGCUGCAGAAGGGUUUGCUAGAAGUAGCGAUGAAGGCAAGGAUUUGGAAGAUGUUUGCCAGGGAUACUUUGAUGUACUAGUGUCAGCCUCAUUUCUGCAACCUGAAGUAGGGAAGUACUCCAAUAAAAUGGACGCUUAUAUAGUUCAUGAUCUGUUGCUUGAUUUAGCGGAUAAGGUCGCUGGAAGUGAUUGUUUCAGAAUCGAGAAUCAGUGGAAAAGGUCAGGAGAUAACUGGACAAUGGAAGGAUGUGAAGAUGAAGUUCCCCCAGACGUCCGCCAUGUUUUUGUUCAGACCUAUGGUUCAGAAUUGAUCAUUGAGAAAAUAUGUAAAUUGGAUAACCUGCGCACUCUCAUCAUUGACAGUGCAGAAUGGAAAAAACCAGUUGAGGAGAAAGUCCUCAAGAGUCUGUUUGCGAAGCUAAGGAAGUUGCGGGUGCUUAUCAUAGCUAGUGAUCAAGGUAUGUUGUCAGUCCCAGAAUCUAUUGGUCAGCUAAGGCAUCUACGAUAUCUUGCUUUUAUGACUAGAUAUGGUUCAGACAGCAGGCUGGUUUUACCAGGCACUUUGACCAAGCUUUACCACAUGCAGGUUCUAGAUUUUGGUAAUAUUAGUGAUUUGGUGUUUGACUCGUGUGAAGAUAUGUUUAGCCUCAUCAACUUGCGACAUAUAAUCCAAGUGCCGUUUCAGGAAAUUCAAAGCAUUGGCAGGCUGACAUUACUUCGAACGCUGGAAACAUUUGAAGUAAGAAAGGAACAAGGGUGCGAGUUAAAGCAACUCAGCGACCUAAACCAGCUUUGCGGCAAACUGACUAUCUUGGGCCUCCAAAACGUUGAAAGCCAGCAGGAAGCUCUUGAAGCCAACCUAGCCGAUAAACAAGGGCUCAGAACAUUGGAACUGUGGUGGAAUUAUGAUGACAGAGCAGAGUUAAAAGAAAAGAAAGUUCAGACAGAGGUACUAGAGGGUCUAUGCCCACCGAAGCUUCUCGAAUCACUGACCAUAUACUGCUACGAUGGUUUGAGCUACCCAAGUUGGAUGAUGGGUAAGCACAAUGGUGGCCCAAAGUAUCUCAACACACUCAGCCUGCACUGUUGCAGCACAAAACUUGGCCCAGAACUUGGUGGGUUUUGCUCCCACCUCCGUUCACUCUAUAUCUUCGGUUGCAGCUGGGACACCUUGCCAGAUCAAAUGGAGCACCUGACGUCACUGAAGGACCUGGGCCUCAAGGGCUGCAGGAAUAUUCGGUCGCUUCCAACGCUGCCGCAGUCUCUUGAGUGCUUCAAACUCAGUCGCUCCAAUGAGAUGUUGAUGAGUUCAUGCAGAACAGUUGGAGAUCCCAAUUGGGAAAAGCUUCAGCACGUUCCUGUAGCAUAUGUUGAUGGCUACCGGCUGGAAAGGAGAGCCCAAUAUACUUCAUCAUCAGAGCCUGAGACCCCCUAA